ACUGCUUUUCGUCCUGUCGUAAAACUAGUCGAACCGGAAUACGGCACGGUGGCACAUGUACGGCCGAAGCGAAUGUUACCGAUUUAUUAUUGCACAUAAAAAUGUGAGGGAAAAGAAGACAGAUGCUGUUGUUGACGUCUGAGGAACUUUUAGAGAAGUCGAAGGAGUUUCUUUGGGGAGCGGCUGCUAGUUCUGCCGUGGCAUGUUGUUGCUCGCGCUCUGCAGGCGGCACUGGGCGCGCCUGGCCCUGGGCUCCGGCUCCGCUCGCGCGGCUCAACAGCUGAACGGCGCCCGCGGGCCCGCCGCGCUCUGCGCGAGGGAGUGGAGCGCGCGCGGCCACAGGUCAGAGCGGCGGGCGCUCGCGCACAGCAGCAGGCUCGGGAUCAGCGUGUGCGCGCGGGGACAGUGGACCGCCACUUCAUCAUCAUCAUGCUGUCACACUCGCGGAAGGAGGACUCGUGCGAAUCCCCGCGAUGGGGGGAGCGCUGCGGCGCUGCUGCUGCUGGGGCCCGGGUUCGGACCCUGCCUGUCCCCGUCCCCCGGCUUCGGAGUGACCUCAGGCUCGGUCCGGCCGGGAGCUCCUCAGGGUCCCGGUCCCAGCCCCAGGCCCAGGUCCUACAGCAACAGGCCCGGACGACCUCAGGCUCAGCCGGAGGGGGAAGAGGAGCUCACCCCCCAGGGCCCCGGGGAGAGAGCAGCAGCAGCAGCAGGAGGAGGAGGAGGAGGAGGACGCGGGUCUGGACCCCCGAAAAGAGACCCCCCGCCGGCAGCAAACCAGGGACUGUCUCAUUUGAAAGAGCAGCUGUAUGAAAAUCCAUGGACAAUCCCGAACCUCCUGUGCAUGGCCAGAAUGGGGCUGGCUCCAGUCCUGGGGUAUUUGAUUGUGGAACAGUAUUUCCAUCUCUCCCUCGGCCUUUUCGUUUUAGCAGGAGCGACAGAUCUGCUGGAUGGCUACAUCGCUCGCAACUGGGCCAAUCAGAAGUCAGCUUUGGGCAGCGCUCUCGACCCAUUGGCUGAUAAAAUCCUGAUCAGUGUGCUGUAUGUAAGUUUGACUUACGCCAGUCUUAUCCCAGCUCCUCUCACAGCAUUGGUGAUUUCAAGAGAUGUAGCCCUCAUUGCUGCAGUUUUCUACGUUCGCUAUAAAACGAUUCCCCCUCCGAGAACUCUCAGCAAGUACUUCAAUCCGUGCUAUGCCACCGCUCAGCUUAAACCAACGUUAAUCAGUAAGGUGAACACUGUCGUCCAGCUGGUGUUGGCAGCAGCCACUUUAGCUGCCCCAGUUUUUCACUACACAGACAGUGCAUUCCUUCAAGCUCUCUGGCUUAUAACUGCACUGACCACUGCUGCAUCAGGUUACAGUUAUUAUCAUUAUGGGAAAAAGACCGUUGAAGUUUUGAACAGGACAAAGUGAUGUUGCCAUGGAAAUGACUUUACUGACACAACACGGGAUGAUGGGGCUGCAGCUGUCCUGUAGAGAAUCGGGUUGUGGAAACCCUUCCAAAAUGGUGGUAAACUGAAAUAUGUUUGUAGAAAAAAAUAAUUUUCAUAUUGGAGGAUGGGAAUCUGAUAUUUUGAUAUUUUUACAAUCAUGAACAUCUUUGAUCUUUUCCUAUUCUUUUUGGUCCAAAUCUGAAAAAGAUUUAUAUGUAACAUAUGUGUCACAUGUAGC